AUGAUUCCCCGGAAUGAAAGUCCUGGUACCCGAACCGACGCCGCAUUCUUGUGGGUCCGACCCAAAUUCGGAGCCAUUGCCGCGGAGAGAGAGAGUGGGUGUGAUUCAGUGAGAGUGCUGUGUAUUGUACGACUAGAAAUCAGUAUGAAGGGUAAUGCUUCGGUCUUCGAUGUACAACUGGUUAGGAGACAUUUACGCGGUUCGUUGCAGCGUGGGUACAAGCUGGCGCGUACUGUCGAAAAGUUGAGCUUGUCACCCUUUUGGGUGAAGAAGGGGGUGAUGAAUGGUACCAAACUUGAUUGGAAAAUCGGUGCAAGUGUCAGAAGUGGGUUUUCAAACAGUCAACCCAUGAUUAGUGGAGUAAAUGUCCUUCAUUUGAGGAGUCGGAGUGUAGAGCAUGUGCUAGAAAGUAGCAGGGGACAGACCUUUAUACAUCCCAAAAAUGCCUUCGUUGUGCGCAAUUUGGAGAGCCAUUCCGCGCACAAGCCUCCCGAAGCCACUGCCCACGGGCACGAACCGCCGCUGAAGCACCGCCAUCGGGUGUCUCCAAGUCUCCCGAUAUGUUAUUGCGUGCGCUGUUGGUGA